UGCUCUCAUGGGGAAGUGUACAACAAUGUAUCAAGCAGUGAAGACCAGUGACCCUAAACUUCAGAACAGUCAGUCAGUGGAGAAGUGUCUACAUAUCCUGACUUUUCUCAGAAUGCUUCUUCAGGUUGUGUUGCCAAAAGAGUCUCUUUGUUGGCUGGUAUACAAUGGUACCAUCCACAUUUACAGCAUUUCAAGAUAUCUGAUGUCAUACGGACACUGUUCAAAGGUGAUAGAGUUUCUGCUGUGGUCAAGUGUAUGCAUGGAGACAUCUGGUCCUCUGCUCAGUGUGAAAUACUUGCCAUGGAGGACAAUAUUGUACACAUCAGUGUGUCAGUGCUAUUAUGACUGCAGGGCAGGCUCAAAUGCGGAGUCAUUUGCCAGACGAGGGUUGUCCAAAAUAAAUGAGCUGUCCCAGCUGGAGAAUAUGAGCAGUGGAACAGAAAAUCCUCAGAGUGAGCUCAUCUUCCGUGAGGCUACUGUGAAGAUGGCCAUCAUGGUAUUUAAGAGGUCUGUGUUUGAAACAAGAAGAAAACCCAAAAAUCUCUUGAGGCCAAAGACAAGAGCAAACCUGAAAGAUGCACAAGGGCUUCCUUGGCCAAGAACUCCUACGGAAAAGCUUCUGUCAGACAUGUUUGAAGGAAGCGCUGCCCAGUUUUUGUGUAUACUUGAGAGCUUGACAGAUGCCAGUAGGCGGACAUUAGUCACAUCUCCACCUGCCCAAGAUAGUGAGCCAGAAAUUCUGGAUGUCUAUGCAGAGCUGAUAAUGGCUGGCCAAGAAAUCCUAGCAGGUGGUGGGGGGACCUACAGUCUUCCCAAAGCUGGAAGCAUUACUGGACUUGCUGCCAUGCAAGGAAUAAACAAUACCAAAUCCCUCAUUACAAUGGCAUCUCUGGGUGAAGAUGGAGUUCCCUUAUCUGCUGCUGUACGUCUUGUGAAACUGGCCUAUUGUUAUGAGCAGUGGGAAGCAUUUGAUUUGCUUGUGGAUAGAGUCCUCAGUUAUAUAAGGAUGCUCAAUGACAACAGAUAUACAAAUGAUGAAAAGGCUUUAGAGAUCCUCUUGGCUAUGGAGCGAGUGAAUGCAAGUCGUCGUCACAAACGUCAGACUUCAGCUAUAGAAGACAGCAGUGUCAUCAACCAAGACUCUCUUCAUCAUCCACCAUCACAACUAGGAGGCACGUCAACCCGUUCCCUGAGCCAAGGCUGUGAUGAUCUGAUACAGCUUGCUGAUGUUUUAAUGUCAGUGGUGAAUGGUAAAUUCACUAAAGAGUCAUUUUGCGUGGACAUGAUGGUAGAUGGUGGCCUCUUUCUUUGGAAGAAAUGCAAAGCCAUCUUUGAAAAAUACCAGACAGGAUCUGACAAUGCCAAGUAUCUACAAAGGAUGGAGCAGCCUGGCAAAUGGUUGUACAUCCUGGAUAGUGUCCAUCAGAUACUCUGUUGGUGUGGGAUAAGCCGUGUGGAUCCAGCCCUUACUUCUGAAGUUGUCUUGCGGCUGGCAUUGGUCCUGGAGUCUGCAGCACAGAUGGACUUUCACGAUGAUUCCCGUUCCCAGCUAAAGGAGUCCACUACAGACAUGGGUGCAAUGUCAGCAGGAGAGUUUGCCAGUCACACAGUGGUUAGCCACUUGAAUGUCCAGAUGUCCAUUCUUUACCAGGGGGUCAGAGAGCAGCUCUUACAGGCUAGAGAUAUCCUAGAGCUAGGACUGGAGCAUGUUUCCAUAGCCAGACAGACUGUUGCACAUUCAGAUGGCAAGUCUAUUGCCGACAUAGGAUGGGUCAAGGAUGAGGAUGUUUUGUUCCUCUCUGAGACAGAGUCUGUGUUUAAUGUGGAGAAAUUAUCCACAGUUCCAUCACAAAGCAGAAGAGAAGUGAAGGUCAACAGUGCUGAAUUGAACCGUGAUUUGUUCUCCCCUGAGAGUGCAGUUGCAGAGGCAGAAGUGUCAACCCAUUCAGAGACAGAGGAGACAAAGUCUGAGGAUGAGAAAGUGGUAGAUAUAGACCAUGAGGCAUUCAGCCAGUCAAGCCCAGCUACAGCUCUGUGGAGCACCAUCAAAGACCUCCACCUUGAGCUCCUGCUUAUGUACCAUCGGGUUUGUCUGAAGCUGGCUGCACUUGGGCCAGACCCUGCAAUGCAAAUAAAGAAGCCAUACAGGAGAGUUUGCACAAAAGUCCGCAUGGGUUCUAGCCAACAGAUGGCAGGUCACUAUGUGGAAACAGUGGAGGAGCUGACUGCCAGGUGUAACAAGUCUUUGAUCUCGAAAGCCCUGCUCAACAUGCAGAGGGCUAUCAUUAACAAGACAGACAUCACUUCAGCACCAGAUCAGAGGAAACUGCUUGAGGACACAGUAACUUUGAUCACAAGAGCUCAGGUAGACGAGAAAAGGUUAUAUGUGGACAACACUAUAGACUGGAAUGCUCCACCAAAGGUUGCUAAGGUGCCACCUGCCCCUGUCCUGAUGAGUAGGACCCACACACGGAUGGUGUUUAGACCUGCCCCCUUCACACCAUCAUCUGGCGAAAAGGUGGCCUGGUAUACACUGUUUGGUAGAUCUUCAACUGGCAGCAGUGUGAAGGUCAGACUGGCUGAUACUCUGUUGAAUGGCACAGGACAGCAGGUUCCAGCAUUUGACUGUGAGAUUUGUGCGUCUGGACUCCUUCCCAAUGAGCGGUAUGUGUUUGCCCUGGCAGCAUACACAGAUAAAGGGAAACUGAUAGGGGACAGUAUCGGAGAGAUGUGUCGACCUGUGCUGGCCUCCCACCCACUACCUGUCCUCAUGACCUGGGCAUUCCUCUCACAGGUGGCUUACCAGGUUGGAUGUUACAACAUUUCCCAGCAGGCAUGUAAGGUGCUCUGGGAUCACUUUGUGGCACCUCCCCCUGCACCAGAAGGAGAUACCUACGUCACUCGUGUACAGAAGGACUAUCGUCUCACUCUCUACAAGCUCAACAAAAAAGUUGUGCUGCUUUCGUCUCCUGUCUUGAUACGCCAAACCUUGACAAGUGUGUUCAUCAGUGUAGACAUCUGUGUACGUCAGAAUGAACUGUUUCCAGAUGUUCUCUGCAGUAUGGGGCCCCUUUACACUGGACAGAUUAAUCGCCUACAUCAGUGCGAGAAGAUGUUGCUCGCCCUUGAGUUAGCAGGUUGGCUGAAUGAGGCAAACCUGGCAUUACAGGGGGUUGUACAGUGUUAUGGCCUGCUGGCACCACUUCUCUUCCACAACAUUCCAUGCAUUGCCGUAAUGCAGGUACUGGAGUUCUGCCAUGCAGCUCUUCAGGAAAUACCAGCAGGCCUUCGUCAGAAACGCCAGGCCAGCAUUGCUGAAAGCUUACAUCACAUGACAGCUUGUAUCACCUAUUACCUUUGCAAGGUGCUGAGAAUGUUAGGCCAGAAAACGUUGGCCAGUAACCUGAAUGAAGCUGGGAGGAAGCUGCUAUGUUCUGAUUCCACGGACCAUGCUGAGCAAAAGCAGACAGGUUCUCCAGAGCAAAAAGACAAAUCAGACAUGACUGUGGCCCCUGACUCAAAGACAGGGGAGGCAAAUAAAGCCCCACAUUUGAAGAAACGCACCAAGAGGAAGCACCCAAGUCCAUUCAGGGAUGAGGGUGAGCCUGCUAUUAAUGAAGAGCUGAAAGCAUUGGAGGCCCACAUGAUGACCAUAACCAAGCUUUCUCAGAGCGAUCAUGAGUUGACAGGAUAUGAAGAUCCAAAUGUUCUCCAUGCUUACAUUGCCUUCCUGCCCAGUAAAGUUGUCUUCAAAGAGUUGGUAAAGUUUAAGCGGCGAGCACGUUACCUGGAAUUUCUUGUUCAGCUGGUACAGAAGGCCUUGAGUGAGGGGCAACCUGAGAUGGCACUCGACUGGUGUGAAGAUGCUCACCAGUGGAUAGCGAAGCGUAAUGAGCAAAUUCUUGGAAUCCGCCCAGCUUUUGGCAAACAAGUAGGUGGUCCUAAUGUGACAGGCGAAGAUCCAAAGAAGUUUGCAGCAGCAAUGGUGGAAUACUCCAGAGAUAAGUCCAAGCCUGUGGAUGUCACCCCGCGGAAUAAAGGCUCUCAAGCUACGGCCCGCCAAGCAUUAGUCAGGCCCAACAAGCGGAGGAAGUACAAGGCCAUCAAUGUGACUUCAAAUAUGUCUGAAACAGCCCGUCAGCAUCAAGAAGGAGUAGAGUUAAAUGCAUUGGAUACUUUGACCCUUCAUUUCCCAGAGCUGUAUCGCAGCUUCCUUCGUCGUCGCCGUCUUCGGAAGUUGAUCACAGAAGAAAUGCCCUACCUUGUUCAGAUGAACAUUCUUCAAGGGAUGAGCCAGUUUAAUGAUUUGCUGCAAAAACUGGAAAAGAGAGAGAAAGUGCUCGGAAGUGCAGCCAAUAAAGUGUUCAGGACAUCCUUCUUAGACCAGGAAUGGUUUACCUUGGAGACUACGGGCACCCUGAUUGUGGGAUGGGAGGGAGGCCCGACAGCUCCUGUUGACAGGUUGAGUAACCACAGUUUACUGGCUGCACUGGAUUUGGCAGAUAGACAGGAAGCAAAGACUACAGGGAUUGAGAUAGCUGCUGCAGCGGCAACAGGUCAUGCCCCUACUACCUUGAACGUCAUAGCAGAAGCUCUGUUUGAGGACACUCCAAGGACCUACCGCUCGGACAUUGGCCCAUACAAGCCUGAUCACAAACAACACAAGGAACCCACAGUAACAACCCUGACCACCAAAGUCACCACAGAGUGCCUGGAGAAAACCUUCAUGUUCUUCACACGGGCUGUGGUGCUAGCCCACAGAGGGCGCCACUGGACGCUGCUUCAGAAUGCGAGCCGUGCUCUGUGGAACUGCAUCCACACUGCCAUGCUGCGAGCAUACACCCCAACCACAUCCAGUCAGGAUGCAGGCCUGGUCUCCAUGGACAUUCUGAGGGCUCUGAUGUGGGAACCACUCAGUAUGGCCAGCCUGUGUAUCCUUGACAUGAUCACUCAGCUGCAGGGAGAUUUGGAAACGCAGGCUAAAAAGGCCAAAAUCAAGGGGCAUAAUUUGGGUCGCUACUUUGAGAGUUGGAUGGGUAAUAUUGCCAUGGAAAAAGGGGCUGCAAGCCUGGCAUUUGAGAGUCCCCUAGAUGAUAUUGGCAUUGUGGACAUCCGCUGGGUGAAAAGACUUGUUCUUCGAAGCCUAGAGGUUAUGUUUCAUGAGCAUAAAUGGGAGAGACUGGCAGACAUUGCACUCAGAUUCACAGACCUCUCCAACAACAGGUAUGCAGAGCAGGUUCUGCCCUUGCUAGUACAGGCACAGCGGAACCUGACAGAGCAGAUAAGCAGGGCAGGUGGGCCAAGGCCUGUGCAGCCUCACUUUAGGAGACUGAGGAGACAGUUAGGGCAUGUGGUCACAGCCAAGGAUUAUGUAAAAUCUCAGUUGACUAUUGACAUAAAGAAACACAAGUCCAAGUCAGGUAAAAGUCAACUGGUGGACCUGGAUUCAGUCCCAAGCUACACAGAUAUUGAGGGCUGUCAGCUGGUGUCUGUGCCCCUGGAUGUGAUGGGAACCCUUGAGAGCCUGAGAGCUGCUCUGGACCAGUCGAACUACACAGCCCGUGCCCUUCAGCAUAGCAGAAAACUCCUUGUGCUCUACCUGGCAGGGCAGCAAAACGUUGAGAGCUGCUCGACACGAGAGACAUCCCAUGUGGACUUUGUGGCCAACCCUGACCAUCCUCAACCAGUCAUGCCUCCGGACCUGAAGGGGGAGGAGUUUCGUUACAUUGGGGACAUCCAGUCUUCUCCACUCCCCAAGUCUCAACUGUCCACUGUCAUCUCUUCAUAUGACAAGACCAUCACUAUCUUGUUAGCCAAAAACCACAGGAGUGCUGCUGCCCAGGCUUCCCACGAGCUGGGUAACCUCCACUACCAUGCUGGAAAUAUAAGAGCUGCCUAUAAGUGGUGGUCUGAAGGCUUAGACCUUGUGCUCAACCUGCCCGACUCACUGCACACCUGGAGACAGACUUUGUACAAGAAAGAAGAGACGUCUAGUGACCUGCUGCAGCGCUGUGGGCUAUGGGGAUGUGUUUUAGCAGGAAUACUUGCUUCUAAGAUAGCCCAGUACGUGAUUACAUCUGAUCUGGGGCUGAGAAUGGAAUGCUGCUUUCUUUCCGGUUAUCUCUUCAAGGCUUUGUUCUGCUCAUCCCUGCCCCACCCGACAGCUGACCGAGAUUACGCGCUGUACGAAGUUGGAGAGGGCUGUGAGGUGACCCACUUGGUACCUGGUAUUGACCUUUUAUCUGACAAGUUCAGAGCCGAUGGACGACAGCUGGUGGCAGCGUUACGCUGGGUCACUGAGGAACUCGCCCGUGGAAGAUACAACCUCUUUGUCCUUCCCCUGUUGACCCUGAACCAGUACCUGACAACCUAUGUGUGCCGUGACCUCCAGAGAUCAGUGGAUGGGCGAAUCCUGAAGGUACGAGUGCUGACUGACACAGGACUCUUCCUUGAAGCAUUCAUCACUCUGCAGCGGCUGCUUCAGGGCGAACGCCUUCCUCACACAGGUGACAGCAACUUCCGCCAAGUCCAGUCCAAGGUCUCAGCUGCCCGCUUUAACACGGGCAAGUCAAUUACAGAUCCAAACAACAUAAAGGUUGUGGAAUUUACACUGGAGAAGCGCCUUUCCUCUAACCUGGCCACCCUGUAUGGUCCUCACAUGACCUGUCACCUGCUAUUGGCCCAGGCACAUUUGUUGGUCACCCUGGCAGAAAACAUCCCUGUCAUGCCACUCAUAGACCAUUCCCCAAGUGAUCCACCAAAGACACAGUCCAAUGCCAGUAUAUCUCAGACAUCUAAAGGCCUGAUGCCCCAUUCCACUGUCUCUGCUGUUCUCUCUAAAGGAGCAGUGAAUCACACCAGCAUGGCUGCCAUGCCCUCGGUUAAACGAGGAGCCAACAUGUCAACUUCAGGAGACACCCAAGAUAAGGAAGGUGACAGGUCGUCUGACAAUGAAGGAAUCCUCUUGGCUAAGAGGUUGACGGAGACCAAAGAACCAGUCACCAUGGAGCUGGUAAAAGGCACAAUGUUGGGUGUCGCUGACCAGAUGGUAACCUCAUUGUCAGAUGUUCUAGUGGAGGCGGCACAAUUUGAUCAAGGUGUGGAGAGAUUGGCAGCAGCAGAGCUAGAACUGGUGGUCCUGUGUCGUCUGGAGCAGGCCGCCAUUGCUGUCCAGAAGCACCAUGCCCCCAUGGCAGCCCGAAUUGUCCUCUCCGCUAUGAAGAUGAUGCAGAACUCGGAGCUUUUUAAAACAGUCAUCAAGCCACCUACGCCUCCAAGUGACGGUGGCUAUAGCCAGAACAGGCCGUCCUCAUUGAAAAGCAAGAGUGGAAGUGGGCAUGGUCGGGCUCAUGAUGUUCCGGUAACUGAGGCAGACAACAGUCAGUUCACAUAUCAGAACUUCCAGAGCAGGUCAAGGCUGGAUGCACGACUGUGGCUUCAGUGUCGAUUGGCCCUUGUCCGCACUCUUCUGUCAGAGAUACGUGGUCUUGGAGAUGUUAAAGGGUCUGAGAACAAGGUGGUGACAGACCUGGCAGACUGUCGUCAGUACUGUGCUGAGGGUGUGGCUGAAGCUGAGGCCUGUGGGGAUGCAGAGAUGCAGUCCGAGUUCUUCCUUCAGGCAGCCCUUCUGAAUAUCAUGGAGGGAAAAAGCCUGGAGAACACACUCCUUAUUCUGCAGGACAUCAAGAAGUUAUUAGGGGAUGUGCCACACCUAUCUUUAGCAGGGGAUCACCUGUUCUCUGUAACCCUUAUGCUACUGGCAGAUCUGGAGGGAGCAAGUAAAGCCCCAGGCACUGCAGACCCCAGUGCUCUCCUAAAUUCAUACCUCACCUGUCAGGACAUUAUCCUAAAGCAGAUGGAAGAUCUGGGAGAAGCAGUAGAGCAUUAUUACCCCGUAGGAGAAAGGCGUCAUUUCUCAAGUGCAGUCUGUCCCAUACAAAACAUUUACUUGCCACACAUGUUGAGGCUGGCCCAGGUGAAACUAAGGAUUGGAUACACCAUGGCCAGGCAAAUAGCACUGUCCAACAGUUACUCGUCCUAUGAUGGGGAGACCCAGUGGUCGGAGUGCCUGGGUGUGCUGAUGACAGCCAUGGAGCUGAGCCAAGCCAGCCUGAACAGGCAGGCUGCACUGGAAGCAGAGAUCAUACUCAAUAUGGGUAAAGUACAAAGGCAGCUAGCGAUGCUAGGCCGUUACCAACCACGGUCAGCAGUGUCUACCCUUUUAGAGGCCAUUAAAAUCAGCUACAGCAAUGAUCAUGAUUUGGGGCUUAUUAGACAGGGUUACCUGGAGAUUGCGUUGGUUUACCUGUACAGCAGUGGAAUGAUUGGCAGGCAGGUGUCUGCGACUGACUUACAAUCAGAUAGUGAGGGAGAAGGCUCCCUUGCAAGUCGACCAUCUUCCCAAAGACGCAGUGGCAAACGCUGGAAGAGCAAAAAGGAACGACUAGCUGGUAAAUCCAAGGAGGAAUUGGGCGAUUCUGAGAAGGAGAGGCGAGCAGCCUGGCUUGCUAUCCGCUGUGCUGCCUCAGUGGCACAAGCUCAGCGACAACGCUCCCUGCUGUGUGGAGACCCAACCAUCACAGCCCAGCAGCUCACUGAGAAGAUGCUCAAGGACCUCCCCGAGUUCGUCCCCCUUGACCUUCUCAGUCCAUAUAUACUGGGCAAGCAGAAAAAAGUCUACAGGACUGAGAUAGAAGAAGAGUUGUCAACCAUGGUGGAUGUACAAGAAGAGAGGCAUGUGGAGACGUAUGAUGAUGAGGUGAUGAAGAUGAAGGCUUCUGCUGCUGACUUAAGUCUGGUCCACCUCCUGGGUUACCAGAGCAUCCUCCAGCGCCUUUGCUGCACCAGCACCCUUCAUCCUUCCUCUGGGGGUGACGGCAAAGAGACAGACAAACAAGCAGGCUCACUAAUUGGAUUUGACUUGGGCUUCAUCAGCCACGCCCAGAUGUAUGCAGGUCUGAACUCUGAUGUGGUGAGGACUAUGCUGCGCUCAAGCUAUUGGGCACUGCGCCUCACGCACAUGCACUCCUUCCUGUCACACCAUGUUCCAUUGUACGCAAGCACCUGCUGUGCCAUAUUCCCACCAGAUGCCCUUGCCCUGCCUCCCUGCCCCAACACGUCUAUCACAGAACUUUCCCUCAUCAGCCACUCUUACUCUGAUUAUGUGCUGGAAAAGCCGAGCGGUUCUGAUGUUCCUUUCACUGACAGCAACUUAUCACAGGAUGUGGGGUCCACCAUUCACAGGACACCUCCUCCUGGGUCCCGCAUGGACAUUGUUAAGCCGACAGAUAAGACAGUGGUGUCCUCUAAUGAGAAUGAGCUUUCCAUGCAGUGGUACCAGCCAAGCCUAGAGGAGAAUGAACUGACGGGCAGUGAUCUGCCACAAUCCAGGAGGCGUGUCAUGCUGCUGUACUCCAUCUGCAAGAAGGGGAGUAGUUCUGCCUCAGCGGCACAGACUGGUCAGCUCUGGGUGUCCUUACCUGAUCUCUUGGACUUGCAUGACAGGCUUGCUGUUUUGUCUCAGAAGGGAGAAAUCUCAUUACUGGAUAAACCCAAGAAGGAGAUUAGCACUCCAACACCAACACCAACACCAUUAAAAACCAAGAAAGCUCAGAGAAUCAAAGCUUUGUCUCCAAAAGUGCAGAGAGAUGAGCACCUAGAGAACCUGCUGAAGCAGUGUGUAGAAGACUGUUCCUGCUUGCUGGGAGGCCAGAUCCCAGAAGCUGAGGGUGCUGUGUCGGAGACCUCACUGCCAGAGUUCCCCUUUGAAGUAACCAAGACCAACCUGAAGAACUUUGAGAUGCUGUUUGAUCCAAGCUUCGGGCUGACUCUGCGAGGAGGUGACCUUAUGACUUGGAUGACCAAACAGUUCCACUGUAACUAAUCCCUCACCAACUUGUUUGAAUUCAAAUACUGUGAUAAAUUCAGUUAAAUGUUUAUGAUAUUGCCAUUGUCAGUAUGUGAAAGAAAAAAAAAGACACCACAAGAAUACUUUCACAUGACCUACCAAUUCGGGACUAAGUGUACAACUGAUUUCAGCAAUGUUGAUAAGAAAGUGUGCUAAGGUGUACAUUUCCAGAGUUGUUGGAGGAUUGAAGCAUGGUUUCUGAUGUUUAUUCAAUGAUGAAGUGUGCUUAUUAUUUAUCAAUAAAGUGUUUUGAAGCAGUUUAGAUUUCUGUGUGUUGUUGCAAACUUGGGCAACAUGAUCCUGUGUUGAAUCUUAAUGUGCUCCACAAAACACCUCCAUCCUGUGUAAAGUGAGAAAUGUAGUGAUCAGUUGCAUUGGUGCAUG